UUCUACCGUAAAGGACUGUUCUUAUUAUUGUGUUUCGACUACUUCAUGAUGUUUAUUUAUGAAUCCAACGGCUGCAGAUACUCUUCCAGUAACGAGAUCAGCAUAUGCAGUAACGGAAGUACAACAGGAACACAAUUAGGAAUACGAAACACUAACGUCCCAAACGAUCAGAUUGUUCAAUGUGUUUGUGAUCUUGAAGCACAGAGCCAAACAAACAUUACUGUGUAUUACGACGCACCUGGAUACAAUACCUGUGGAACAAAACUCAAAUUAGAGUACGUUUUAUUUUCAUGUCGUGGUGGUUCCGUGCAUUUUGCGUUUGCAACGAAUAGACUUCUUUUUGAGAAAACCUACUCAUACAACGAUGAAUGGUGCAUGUUCAUCACGACUGAAGGAACAGCAUUGAGCAUAACAUGUUAUGCUUUUGACCAAAAUCCAGCAGAAAUCUCAACUGCAUUGCCAUUAACGAGAUUUCAAUCCACAGCAUCAUAUUCACAAUCAUCGGCUUUUCCAGCAACCAAUUUACGGACGACGCCUACAUCAAGACAGACACCAAAACGACCAACAACAACAACAACAACAACAACAACAACAACAUCAUCAUCAACGACACAGGUUACAACACCGUUAACAACACCACCACCAACAACAAGCACUCUUCAACAGCAUCCCACACCAGCAAAAACAUCGACCAUCGAAGCAAAGGUUCCAGAUUCGAGUCUUGGAACUACUCCUGUUUUGGAAUUAAACAUCACCACAAAAAAAACAUUUUCCGCAACCGCCAUCGUAUUAAUUAGUAUUGGAUUUGGUCUCUUCGUGACGGUAACCGUUCCUGUUGUUAUCAUUCUCGCUCUCAAGUGCAUCAGGAGCAACAAACAGAACGUUGACCAUGCAGCCAAUGUUCAGAUGUCCAAUAUUGGAAACAAUUUUAAUUCUGAAACCAACAGCGAUUUACAAACAUUCCCCGAUACCGAUUCCUUAAGAUAUGAAAGUCUUCAGAAACGUACAGCUGAUGAUAGUUACACGAACUUGCAAAUGUCGACGGGCAAUCAAAACAACCAUUUGCAGCAUUUGUAUGUUGGGGAUUCUUCUACUGCCCAUAGGAAUAAAAAUGUCAGCGCUACUACGGAUAAUGAAUCGCACUAUGAAAACUCCAGUUCGCAGCCACUAUCAGUAAACAGUUCGCCACGAUAUGAAUCCCUAAAAUCACGCACUGGUCCACUUUCCGACCACUGUUACUCUACUUUGCAAACGUAAAGUAAGGAAAUAUGGUGAUUUGGGUAUCCAUUGAACGUUCCCAUAGAAAGGGCAUAUAUUAAGGAAUCGAAACACUUCAAAAGAGAGUAUAAGGGACCAAAACACACAAUCAUUUAAACGUCCAGUUUUAUGUCGUUGAUAGUUUCAAUCGUUAUAACGCAUACCAAUAUAUGCACAUGAAUUUCAAACUUGUGUAGGGGGUCAUGAAGAAUAUUUUAACACUUUUUCCGUUUAAAAUGUUUUCAAUCGAAUGCAAUUCAACUGUUACACUGUCAGGAAUAGUUUUGGGUGCCUAUAAGUUUGACAUUUUCCAAUUAAAGCUGCACUCUCACAGAUAUACCAGUUUUCAACUUUUUUAUAUUUUGUCUUGGAAAGAGCAAUUUUUUUGCGUAAAUAUAUGCAAGCCAAUGAUAUAAGAUUGCUGACAAAAAAUUAGAUCGUAGAUUUUCAUAUUUCUGUUCGAAAAUGAAUGUUUUAUGACUUAAACCGUUACUAACGGUUUAAGGAAAAUGCAUAAAACAUCAAUAUUUGAACUUAAUUAUAAAUAUCUGCGAUUUUCGCAAAAAUUGGCUCGUUCCAAGACAAAAAAUAAAACAGUUGUCAAAACGUCACUGUUGUUUUAUUUCCAAUGUUUCCUUUUAUUGAAAAAUAUCAUUAAUAAGCACAAUAAAAUUGUUGAAUGUAUAGUCUGGAACCUUUUUAAAUAAAAACAUGUAAAUUUUGUCGCAAGACAUUUCGUGUAAGGUAUCUGUUGUACAAAUACUAUUUCCUUUAUCAUGGGGCCAUUUGCCGUAAUGUUUAUUAAUGUUCGAUGCCUGGUAAUCAAAUUUAAUUUUAAUAUUGUUUAUAUGGGGUUUGCUUAAUAAAUACUAAUAUGUUAAACAAAUGAGUGAAACUGUGAUGAAUUUAUUUGUUAUGUAUUAACAUUUUAUAAUCAUUCGGCAAUAACGUUUACAAAUAUAACAAACUUAUAUUGGAUCACUAAGCCUCGACAUUUAAUUGUUUGUUACUUUGUUUUCUUUAUUCCAACAGUAAUCAAUCAGGACCAUCUUUUCAAUAUAUUAAAAUCAGCACAGAGUGUGUGUAAUACUUUUAGCUGUAUAACUUUUCCACAAUAUGUCUGUACAUAGUACACGCUUUUAAAAGAUACCAAAAUAAUAUGGGGACUAGAGGUAUCAAACAUUCAUAUUAAUGUACACUGGAUUCGAUAUAUUUAAAAAAAACCUCAUCAUCAACAUCAUAAGAACAUACCUGACAUGUACCAUCUACUUCUUAACUUGUCAUCCUUCUACCUUUCCAACCACUCGUACUCUUCUUUAUUUAUUGUUUUCCCGGUUCAGAUUUGUUCUCUGUUAUUUACUCACAUCCAUACCUCAUUACAAUUUACAACAAGAUUCAUAAUAAUUUACACUUUCCAAUAUUGUUACUACUAAACACUUCAAUACAAGUAGUUUACACAAACCAUUUUUAACAAUUUUAAAGCACCUUGGCAGAAACGAGACACUUGUAAAAGCAUUAAGCUCUCAUAUCAAUUACCAGCAUUAUGCAUUAUCCAUGUACUUAAGCUUGCGUUUUCUCUUGUACUAGUUUCAUUAUGCUUAAUGUGUGUAUUCUUUAUCUUGUAUUGUUUAUCAAUGUGUCCUUUUAUUGAAAUAUAUCAUCGCUAAGCCCAACUAAAUUGUUGAAAGGAUAGUUUCGAACAUUUGUACACAAACACCUUUAUAUGUUGUCGCAAGACAUUUCGUUUAAGGUAUCUGAUGUACAAUUUUUUUAAAUAUAAUUUCCUUUUUUAUCAUGGGGCCAUUUGCCUUAAUUUGAAAUGAUGUUCGAUGCCUUGUGAUACCAUAUAAUUUUGAAAUUAUAUAAAACGGUAUUUAAGUGACACUCUUAUUCAAAAUCAAUACCUACACAUUUACAACAAACAUCAAUUUUGACUGAUCAACCUAUAAAUACUUACUAAAUAAUGCAUUUACGGAAAAUA